AUGACGACUUACUCAUCUUCUUCCUCCCACCAAGAGAAACCACAAAAGGUUCAAUUCCCAUUGGACUCCGUCGCAUAUGAAAACCUCCAAGAAAUUGGCUCUGGCGACAAGAACUGCAUCAAGAAGCACACUAGACCCAGAAUCUUGUCCAUGGCCAAUGCUGGUCCCGUAACCAAUAGAUCUCAAUUCUUCAUAUGCACCGCCAAGACCAAGUGGCUCGACGGCAAGGCUGUCUACAUCCCCAUGAACUCUGCAAUCGUCGCAACCAAGUCCGUUGACUUCGACCAAUCCACAACUGAUUUCGAGAGCAAACUACGCGACCCCCCAAGAAUCGCAACAAUCAACCCAAGCUCACGGAAGCACUGA